AUGGCGCCGUCCGCUUCCAAGGAAAAGAGACUCGCCAAGAAGGCGGCCGAGGGAAAGCUCAAGGCCGGCAAGGCCGGCAAGGGCAAGAAGGACGAGGUCCAGCUCGACGCCCACGGCAACCCCAUCCAGGACGAUGUGCCCGCCACCUCGGGUGACAAGAUGGACGAGGUGAAGCGUCUCGCCGACCAGAUGGACAAGCACGGCAUCUCGGACCGUGUCACCACGGGCGUCCUCGCCUCGACCCAGUCCAGCAAGGAUGUCAAGAUCACGAGCACGAGCCUCGUCUUCCACGGCCGCGUCCUCAUCACCGACUCCAUCCUCGAGCUCUCCUACGGCCGCCGAUACGGUCUCCUCGGCGAGAACGGCUGCGGCAAGAGCACGCUGCUCAAGGCCAUCGCCGCCCGCGAGUUCCCCAUCCCCGACCACGUCGACAUCUACCUCCUCAACGAGGGUGCGCCCCCGAGCGAGCUCGGUGCCCUCGAAUGGGUCGUCACCGAGGCCGAGAACGAGAUGGCUCGUCUCGACAAGCUGGCCGAGAAGCUCCUCGAGGACGAAGGCCCCGAGAGCCCCGUCCUCAUCGACCUCUACGACCACAUGGACAAGAUGGAUCCCUCGACCUUUGCCACCCGCGCCUCGCUCAUCCUGACCGGUCUCGGCUUCAACAAGAAGACGAUCCACAAGAAGACCAAGGACAUGUCCGGUGGCUGGAGGAUGCGUGUCGCCCUCGCCAAGGCCCUCUUCGUCAAGCCCUCCCUCCUGCUCCUCGACGACCCCACGGCCCACUUGGACCUCGAGGCCUGCGUCUGGCUGGAGGAGUACAUGAAGAAGUGGGAUCGCACCCUCGUCCUCGUCUCCCACUCCAUGGACUUCCUCAACGGCGUCUGCACCAACAUGAUCGACAUGCGCGAGCGCAAGCUGCAGUACUACGGCGGCAACUACGACUCGUACCACAAGACGCGGGCCGAGAACGAGACGAACCAGAUGAAGGCCUACCACAAGCAGCAGGACGAAAUCGCCCACAUCAAAAAGUUCAUCGCCAGCGCCGGUACCUACGCCAACCUCGUCAGGCAGGCCAAGUCGCGGCAGAAGAUCCUCGACAAGAUGGAGGCCGACGGCUUCAUCCAACCCGUCGCCGGCGACAAGGUCUUCACCUUCCGCUUCGCCGACGUCGACAAGCUGCCCCCCCCCGUCCUCUCCUUCGACGACGUCACCUUCUCCUACUCGGGCAAGCCCGAGGAUGACCUGUACCGGAACCUCGAGCUCGGAUUCGACAUGGACUCGCGCACCGCCCUCGUCGGGCCCAACGGUGUCGGCAAGUCGACCCUCCUCCGCCUCAUGACGGGCAAGCUGUCGCCCAGGGGCGGCUCCGUCACCCGCCACACCCACCUGAAGCUCGGUCUCUACUCGCAGCACAGCGCCGAGCAGCUCGACCUGACCAAGUCGGCCCUCGACUUCGUCCGCGACAAGUACUCGUCCAAGUCGCAGGAUUACCAGUACUGGCGACAGCAGCUCGGCCGCUACGGCCUCACCGGCGACUCCCAGACCGCCCUCAUGGGCACCCUGUCCGAAGGCCAGAAGAGCCGCAUCGUGUUCGCGCUGCUGGCCAUCGACAGCCCCAACAUGCUGCUCCUCGACGAGCCUACCAACGGCCUCGACAUUCCCACCAUCGACAGUCUCGCCGAUGCCAUCAACGCCUUCAGCGGCGGCGUCGUCGUCGUCUCCCACGACUUCAGGUUGCUCGACAAGAUUGCGAAGCAGAUCCUCGUGUGCGAGAACCAGACGAUCCGGAACUGGGACGGCAGCAUCGGCGAGUACAAGAAUUAUCUGCGCAAGAAGAUGAUCAGCGCCGGUGCCGUCUAA